AUGACCGGAUCCAGCGGAAGGAGGAGGGAAGGAAGAGAGAGUGAGACACAGAGACCCAAAAUGUCACGGCGUGUGUUUAAUUCCACGGUGCUGCUCCUCGUCAUCAUGAUGUGGAUUUGCUGCAACACUGGUGGAGCUGCAGCCGUUGUGGAGGGUAAGUCCGGGGAUGCGCCGCUGCCUCAAUGGGUCGAUAUUUUUGUGCCGGAAAAGACGCAGGUGCUGCCCAAAGAGGGGUCUGAAAGUGGAGUGAAGAAAGCAUUUGCUGCGCCUUCUCUUGUCAAUGCUGGUGGAGUAAUGGUUGCCAUUGCUGAAAGCUUGUUCGGUUAUAACGUCCAUGGACAUGACUUGUUUGGGAUUAAGCCUUACGAAAUUGUGGCCGGGUACAUCAAGGCUGCGGAGUCGUGGCCGUCCAUUGUCGCUGAGGUCAAUGCUAGUACAUGGAGGGCACACACCGUUUUUGGCAGUAGGAAUGGCGAUGAUCGUGUGUGUUAUUUGUACCGGCCCACAGCAGUUGCAAGGGACAAUAAAGUGUUUUUGCUUGUGGGAAGCGAUACUACAAGAUAUGACAACGGUGAUGAUGGGAUGUGGAAGAAAGAUGGCUGGGAUAUUCAACUGGUUGAGGGUGUGGUCACGCAUUCCACGGACGGCGUGCAGAGUACAAUGAUCAGCUGGGGUGAACCCAAGUCGCUUUUACAACAGAUACCCAAACACACUCAAGAUCAGCUGAGGGAUGUUGUGACUGCUGGUGGUUCAGGCAUUGUGAUGCAGAAUGACACGCUUGUGUUUCCCCUGAUGGUGAGUGGGAAAAAUUACCCUUUUUCCAUGAUCACUUACUCGACGGACAAAGGCAAUACCUGGGUGUUCCCAGAGAGCAUUUCUCCUGUAGAAUGCCUUGAUCCCCGCAUCACCGAAUGGAAUAGUGGACAAAUUCUCAUGAUCGUUCAGUGUAAAGAUGGCCAGAGUGUGUUCGAGUCGCGUGACAUGGGGACAACGUGGUCGAAGGCUGUCGGAGCACUCUCAGGCGUGUGGACCAAGUCAAAACCAGGAGCUCCCUGGGACAAAAGUUUGCAUGUGGGAGCCCUCAUCACCGCGACCAUUGAGGGAAGGAAGGUCAUGCUGUACACUCAGAGAGGGUACACCUCGGGGGAGAAAGAGGCCAAUGCGCUCUACCUUUGGGUGACGGACAACAACCGUACGUUUCAUGUUGGACCGCUUUUUUUGGAGGAUAAUGUGAAUGAGACGCUUGCCAACGCCCUGCUGUACUCGGAUGGUGCGUUGCACCUUUUAAAGGAGAGGGCCAAUGAAAAAGACGAGGCCAUUUCACUUGCCCGUCUAACGGAGGAGCUGAAUACAAUCAAGUCCACCCUCAGUACUUGGGCAAAGCUUGACGCCUCCUUCUCCGAGUCAUCCACACCCACGGCUGGUCUGGUUGGAUUCCUGUCCAAUACGUCGUCCGGUGGCGACACGUGGAACGACGAUUACCGCUGCGUGCAUGCAUCCGUGACGAAGGCAGCGAAGGUCAAAAAUGGGUUCAAAUUCACGGGGCCUGGGUCCAGGGCAACAUGGCCCGUGAACAGCCGGGAGGAUAAUAAUCAGUACGGCUUUGUGAACCACGAUUUCACUGUUGUGGCGACGGUGGUAAUCCACCAGGUUCCGAAGGAGAGCACUCCUUUGCUGGGUGCGAGUCUGGGGGACGGUGCCGGCAAGAAGAUCAUUGGGCUGUCGUACAGCAUGAAUAAAACGUGGGAGACAGUGUUUGAUGGGACAACAAAGACAGCACAGAUAGACACUUGGGAGCCGGGGAGAAAAUACCAGGUGUCGCUCAUACGUCAGGAAGGCAACAAGGGCUUCGUGUACGUGGAUGGUGUAAUUGUGGGGAGCUCGGGAACGAUACCAACACUUGAGACGCUGGGACAUGAAAUCACACAUUUCUACUUUGGGGGCGACGAGGGAGACAUCAACAGCAGUGUGACGGUGACGAACGUCUUUUUGUACAAUCGCCCACUGAAUCCCACUGAGAUGGAUGCAAUCAAGGACAGGAAACCCGUUCCGACGAGAGCUCCAGAACCACAAGUGGAGAGAGCUACCACCACAGAACAUGCGGCUGCGGUAAGCUUUACCUCUGCUGGGAGCGGACUGCUGCCACUGCUUCUUCUGCUUGGGCUGUGGGGAUUUGCGGCUGCGUGA